AGCAACAAUGGUCUUCAAUCAUGGAGCUCAGCUGACCAUAGGGAGGAAGAGGAAGAGGAGUGGUGUUUGUGAGGAGGAACAGCUGUCCUGCUGUGCUUUGUGUCAGGACGUCCUGAAGGAUCCAGUCUCUACCAGCUGUGGACACUGGUUCUGCAGACAGUGCAUCUCCUCAUACUGGGACCAGUCUGCUUCAUCAGGAGACUCCUCCUGUCCCCAGUGUGGAGAAAGAUCCAGAACCAGAGUUGGACUGCAGACAGCCAGUCAGAGCAGCUGUGUACAAACAGAUGUUGGUCUGCAGGAGGUUUUAGAUGAACAUAAGAUCAGUCUGAGGAGGAGAUGUGAAAGUGUGACUGAAGGAAGUGAUGAAACAGGAAGUAGAACCCUCCUCAACAGGAUCUACACUGAGCUCUACAUCACAGAGGGACAGAGUGAAGAGGUUCAUACCCAACAUGAGGUGAGGCAGCUGGAGACAGCUUCCAAGAUGGACGCCCUCCAUGACACUCCAAUCAGGUGCCAGGACAUCUUUAAAGCCUUACCUGACCAACAGAGAUCCAUCAGAGUGGUUCUGACCAACGGCGUCGCUGGUGUUGGAAAAACCUUCUCAGUGCAGAAGUUCACUCUGGACUGGGCAGAGGGCUUAGAAAACCAACACAUCAGUGCGGUGGUUCUGCUUUCAUUCAGGGAGCUGAACUUGGUCAGAGAUGAGCAGUACAGUCUCCUGGAGCUGAUCCAUGUUUUCUAUCCAACAUUACAGAGCGUCACAGCAGAGCAGCUCACUGUGUGUAAUCUUUUGUUCAUCUUUGAUGGACUGGAUGAAAGCAGACUUUCAUUGGAUUUCACCAACAGGAAGCUUGUGUCUGAUGUCACACAGAAGUCAUCAGUCAGUGAGCUGCUGACAAACCUCAUCGAGGGAAAUCUGCUUCCCUCUGCUCUCGUCUGGAUAACUUCCCGACCUGCAGCAGCCAAUCAGAUUCCUCCUACAUGUGUUGACAGGCUAACAGAAGUACGAGGCUUCACUGACGCUCAGAAGGAGGAGUACUUCAGGAGGAGAUUCAGUGAUGAAGAGCUGUCCAGCAGAAUCAUCUCCCACAUGAGGACAUCCAGAAGCCUCCACAUCAUGUGUAGUAUCCCAGUCUUCUGCUGGAUCACUGCUGCAGUUCUGGAGCACAUGUUGACUACAGAGCAGAGAGGAGAGCUGCCCAAGACCCUGACUGACAUGUACUCACACUUCCUGCUGGUUCAGACAAAGAGGAAGAAGAACAAGUACCAUGAGGGACAUGAGAUGAGUCCACAGGAGCUGAUGGAGGCUGACAGGGAAGUUCUUCUGAAGCUGGGGAGGCUGGCGUUUGAACAUCUGGAGAAAGGAAACAUCAUGUUCUACCAAGAAGACUUGGAGCAGUGUGGUCUGGAUGUCACAGAGGCCUCGGUGUACUCAGGAGUUUGUACAGAGAUCUUCAAAAGAGAGUGUGUGAUCUUCCAGAAACCAGUUUACUGCUUUGUUCAUCUGAGCAUUCAGGAGUUUCUGGCUGCAGUCUACAUGUUCCACUGUUACACCAACAGGAAGACAGAUGAGCUGAAGGACUUCCUGGGAAAAACAUGCAAGAAGUCAUCUCUGGAUGAUAUGAUCAUGGUGAAGAUGAUGAUUACCAAUGUAUUCUGGAUGAUUUCAGAGGUGAUCAAUGAUGAUUACCAAUGUAUUCUGGAUGAUUUCCUUAAACGAACCAUGAAGAAAUCCCUCCACAGUAAAAAUGGCCACCUGGACCUGUUUGUCCGCUUCCUUCAUGGCCUCUGUCUGGAGUCCAACCAGAGACUCUUAGGAAGUCUGCUGGGUCAGACAGAGAACAGUCCAGAAACCAUCCAGACAGUCAUCAACAACCUGAAGAAGAUGAACAGUGAUAAAAUCUCUCCUGACAGAAGCAUCAACAUCUUCCACUGUCUGAUGGAGAUGAACGACCUCUCAGUACACCAGGAGAUCCAAGAGUUCCUGAAGUCAGAGAACAGAUCAGAGAAACUCUCUGAGAUCCACUGCUCAGCUCUGGCCUUCAUGCUGCAGAUGUCAGAGGAGGUUCUGGAUGAGUUUGACCUGCAGAAGUACAACACAUCAUCAGAGGGACGACGUCGACUGACUGCAGCUGUGAGGAACUGCAGAAAGGCUCGAUUGUAUAAGUGUUGGCUCUCAGAGACUCACUGUGAAGUUGUGGCCUCAGCCCUGAAGUCCAAACCCUCCCAUCUGACAGAGCUGGACAUGAGUAAGAACAAACUGCAGGAUUCAGGUGUGAAGCUUCUGUGUGCUGGACUGGAGAGUCCAAACUGUCGACUGGAGACUCUGAGGUGA